AUGGCUGCCAUACUUGAAACUUUGCUUAAAUCAAGUGUCAAUAAGUUGCAAGAUGUAAUUACAGAUGAGGCCAUACUAAUCCUAGGGGUGGAAGAAGAGCUCACAAAACUGUUGCGGCGAGUGGAACUAAUUCAGUGUUGUAUAUACGAUGCUGAGAAAAGGAGGACAAAAGAGCAAGCAGUAAACAAUUGGCUUGGUCAACUGAGAGAUGUUAUAUAUGAUGUUGAUGAAAUCCUGGAUGUGGCUAGAUGUAAAGGAAGCAAGCUACUUGCUGACCACCCUUCACCAUCAUCAGGCAAAUCAGUUGCAUGUAAAGGCCUUUCAGUUUCCUGUUGUUUUUGCAACAUAGUGCCACGCCAUGAUGUUGCUGUUCGGAUUAGAAGCCUCAAUAAAAAGAUUGAGAUCAUUGCAAAUGACAAGAUAUUUUCAACUUUCAAUAAUAGCACACAGCCUAUUGGAAAUGGCCGAACAUCAAAACUGAUAAGAAGUUCCAACCUUGUUGAGCCCAACCUUGUGGGAAAGGAGAUUCUACAUUCUACCAGGAAGUUAGUGGACUUAGUUCUUGCACACAAGGAAUACAAGUCUUACAAACUUGGUAUUGUUGGAACUGGAGGAGUUGGUAAGACAACCCUAGCUCAGAAAAUCUACAAUGACCAAAAAAUAAAAGGAUGCUUCAAGAUGCACGCAUGGAUUUGUGUAUCACAAGACUACAAUGAAGUAACUCUUCUUAAAGAGGUUCUCCGGAAUAUUGGUGUACAUCAUGAGCAAGGUGAAACCAUAACAGAGCUGCAGAGGAAGCUUGCAGAAACAAUUGAAGGGAAGAGUUUCUUUCUGGUUCUAGAUGAUGUGUGGCACUCCAAUGUAUGGACAGAUUUAUUAAGACCUGCAUUUCAUGAAACGACUGCUGGAGUAAUAUUGGUAACCACACGAGAUGAUCAAAUUACAAAGAAAAUAGGUGUAUACCAUACCCACCAAGUUGAUCUCAUGUCAGUAGAGGUGGGAUGGGAGCUACUUUGGAAGAGCAUGAACAUUGAUGAAGAGAAAGAAGUGCAGAAUUUGAGAAACAUAGGAAUUGGAAUUGUUCAGAAAUGCGGCCGCCUCCCUCUUGCAAUCAAGGUUACCGCUAGUGCAUUGGCAAGCAGAGAUCUAACGGAGAAUGAGUGGAGAAAGUAUUUGGGCAAAUAUGUUGGCUCCCACAGCAUGAUCUCAGAUGAUAUCCAAGGAUCUCUGUAUCUAAGCUAUGAUGAGUUACCACAUCGUCUUAAGCAGUGUUUCCUUUAUUGUGCUCUGUAUGCUGAAGAUUCUAUCAUUGAACGUGAUAAAGUUACCUGGUUAUGGAUUGCUGAAGGCUUCAUUGAGGAGCAGCAAGGCCAACUACUAGAAGACAUAGCAGAAGAGUACUACUACGAGCUAAUACAUCGGAAUCUCCUCCAGCCAGAUAUUUUAAGUUUUAGCCAGGCUAGAUGCAAAAUGCAUGACCUCUUAAGACAACUUGCUUGUAAUAUAUCAAGAGAAGAAUGUUUUAUUGGAGAUGUUGAAACAUUAAGGGGUGAAUAUAUGUCAAAGCUGCGACGUGUUACUGCUAUCAAUUACAAGGAUAAAUUAGUCUUACCUAGUAUGAAUAAGGUGGAAGUUAAGGUGAGAACUUUCCUAACUGUCAAUGGUCCGCAGAGCAUCGAGGAUGCAUUGUUCAAGAGAUUUCUGCUCCUUCGUGUUUUAGUAUUGAACUGCUCACUUGUGCAAAGCAUUCCAAACUAUAUAGGAAAACUGAUACAUCUACGCCUACUUAAUCUAGAUUACACUCGCAUAUCUUGUCUUCCGAAAUCCAUUGGCUCCCUAAAGAACCUUCAAGUACUGAGCUUGAGAUGGUGCGAUGAUCUGCACACUCUUCCUUCGGCAAUGACCCUGUUGAGCAGUUUAAGAUGUCUUGAUCUUCUUGGCACAAAAAUAAAUCAGGUUCCAAAAGGGAUUGGAAAAUUGAAGCUCCUCACUUGUUUUGGAGAUUAUCCUGUUGGUGAUGGAAGUGAUAAUGCUGUUAUACAAGAUGGAUGGAAGUUGGAAGAGUUGUCUUCUUUAUCGCAGAUGAGGUAUCUUUGUCUUGUUAAAUUGGAAAGAGCAGCUCACUGCAGUAGAAAUGCAGUGCUUACAGACAAAAGGCAUCUACAAAAACUAAUACUAGAGUGGACGGAACAUGGAGAGGGGUCAUAUUCAAAAGAAGAUGUUAGUAAUACUGAGAAGGUCUUUGAGCAGCUAAUACCUCCGCACAACCUGGAAGUCAUGUGUAUUUUACAUUUCCUUGGUCAGCAGUAUCCCACCUGGUUUGGUGCCACCUGUUUGUCUUCAUUAAUGUCCUUGGUCUUCAUAGGUGUACGAUCAUGUGUGCAUCUUCCACCGAUCGGGCAGCUACCAAACUUGAAAUUUCUGAGAAUUGAAGGAGCACAUGCAGUUACCAAGGUAGGACCUGAAUUUGUUGGUUGCAAGAAGGGUGAUCCUGUAUGUGAUGAGUUGGUUGCUUUCCCAAAACUUGAAUGGUUGAUCUUCGCAGAUAUGCCCAAUUGGGAGGAGUGGUCUUUUUUUGAGGAAGAAGUUGCUGCUGCUGAUGUAAGGGGAGAGGAUGGAGCUGCUGAGAUUCGAAAAGUGGAUGCCCAACCUGCAAGGGUGCGACUGUUGCCCCAUUUGUUGAAAUUGCAACUUCACGGUUGCCCGAAGCUGAGGGAUCUCCCGCAACAGCUUGGAAAGGAUACCGCCUGUUUGAAGGAGCUCAGUUUAAGUGGACGAAGCAACUUGAAGGCUGUGGAGGACCGCCCAAUGCUCUCUGAGGUCCUUGCUAUUGGGUAUUGUGAAGGCCUUGAGAGGAUCUGCAACCUCCCUCAAGUGACAGAGCUGCGUGUAUCUGGUUGUCCAAACUUAAGCCAUGUAGAGGGGUUGGGCAGUUUGCAGCGGCUGUUGCUGGGUGAGGAUAUGCAAGAGGUCUCUUCCCGCUGGGUGCCUAGGCUUCAAGAGGAGCACCAGCGACUUCAUGGCGAAGACCUGGAUAUCUACACAUGGACAGAGUUGAUAAUAUGGGCAAACGGUGAAAGGCCACGACAAGUACUUGUUCAUGGAGCUAUCAGUGGGAGGAGAAGCGUGAAGGACAAGGGGCAAAGUUAUGUUCUCUGUGAUGGAGCUGAAGAAGAAGGAAACUGCAGAAACUACUUAAUAGCCACACCAUCUGCCAAAAAACUUAAUAGUGCAAUGCAGUGCUCUUCAGUGGUACUACUAUCGUUUUCUUUUCUGAACUUAAUCAUUGUGUGA